AUGAACCGCACUGUGAAGAGCUUUUUAGUGGGUUAUAAUCCCAUCAAUGAAAGCAAUGUUUUUUCUAAUGGGGACGUCAUAAGAGGACAGGUGAUGCUUGAACUCACUAAAGACACAGACGUGAAUGCUUUAGGUGUGAAACUAAAAGGCAAAGCAGAGGUACGAUGGACUGAGAAACAUGGGAAGAGGAGAGUCACAUACCACAGCAAAGAGAAGUACUUUAGUAUCCAGCAACUUUUCUUUCAGAAAGACCGCGGAAACAACCAUGUGAGCCGAGGCACCGCUGUCUACCCAUUCACCUUUCAGAUCCCUGCACAAGACUUGCCUCCAUCUUUUAAAGGUCAAUGGGGCAGAAUUGUCUACACACUAGAAGCAUGUCUGAGCAGGCCCAUGAGACUGGACAGCAAAACUAGCACAGAGUUCUUACUGGUUUCAAAAACUAGGGUUAUGGAUCCAAGUCUAAUGGUUCCACAACACGGUGUCAAGGAUAAACAAUUGAAACUUUUCAACUCUGGAUACGUAGCAAUGGACGUGAAUAUUGACAAGACUGGAUUUCAACAAGGAGAAGGAAUACGAGUUGUGGCCUCCAUUCAAAAUAAGUCAUCCCGGGAUGUACGCCCCAAGUAUUGCAUAUACACAAAGCACAGUUUUUUUGCUAGAGGAAAAAGGAGGUUGCAGACUAUGGAUGUACUGAAAGAUGUUGGAGAUGCUAUACCCCCCUCUGCUGGUCAAACUAUCACCAAAGUCAUCAAUGUGCCUGCCACUUUAUACCCAUCUAUUCACAACUGCAACAACAUCAAAGUGGAGUACAGGCUCAGGGUCUAUUUGGAUGUCAAAUAUGUGUCUGAUCCAGAGAUCAAGUUUCCCAUAAGUGUGUUCUCUGCAUUUUCACUCUGGUAA